AGUUCCUGGAACCCCCACGUCGUGGUCUGGUACUUCUCCUUUCCUCACUGCGUCGUCAACCAAGCUCCCCACUUCCCGUAGUUCCUCGUCAGUAUGGCGCCCGUGUUUAAAUUCAACGGUUAGAAAUAAAGGCUACUUCCGUUGUGUUGCAGAGCGUAAGGAUCGUUCCGAUCUUCGUUCGGUGUCUUUCUAAGAAUUUUUACCAUUUACAUCAGUGGUGGCGAUUGCAUAACGGAAUUUGGAGCGAGAGCUGACAAGCUUUGGACACAUAAUCACGCCAAGAAACAAUGGAGCCCUUCGUCCAGCGUAUGUUGGAACGAGCUAAAGCCAGGAGAGAGAAACUGGAUGAAAAGUUGUCAAAUGCAGGACAUAAUGUCAAAAAAAGGCGGAGCCCUUUGAAAAAUGCUUUGUUAGAACAAGCUACAGCAGUAGCAAAUGAAAAUUCAGCUAAAUCACCAAUACAAGCAGUUGCAGUUAAUGCACUUUCUCCUACCAAAUCUCCUCGUAAAUCUCCUAUAAGUAACAUCGCUUCACCGAAUAAUGAACAAGAAAACAAGGAGAAUAAUGAUUUUCAAAUUCAUAAUAUGCGAUCCAAGUUACACAGACUUGGAAAAUUAUAUUCUGAUGAUAACAAUCACGAAUUAAGUUCACCUAUACAUCGAACAGAAGAAAAAUUCACUGCAGAAGAAAGUAGUGACGAUGGUAAACCAGUUAAGAGAGGUGCUAGACUUAAUAGAUUAGCAGCUUUAGCUUCAACAAUUAAUAAUUGGGAGGAUGAUUUAUCUCAUCCAAUCAUAACUAGUUCCAAGAUUAAACCUGGAAAUAGUAAAGCAGAAAAAAUACAAGCAAAGUUUAACGAACAAGUUAAAAAUGGAUCAGAAUCACAACCAAGCACAAGUGAAAGUAACAAAUGGAAGAGCAAAGAUUCAAGUCCUAUCAAACAAUUCAAAUGGGAUAAAAAUGUAUUAGAAAACUUGGAGGCUCAAGGCUUUAGUCGUACAAAAAGCAAUUCUCGUCUUGUGUAUGACUAUAAGCAUUGUUCUCAGAAAUCAAACACUGUCACAAGUUUAUCGCCUAAUAAGAGCUCUGCUUACCAGCAGGCAGAGAAGAAACAAAUUUUGCCUAUUAAGUCUGACGGUUCACCAAGAGGCAAGAAAACGGAAAGUGAUGCCAAUGUGAUUGCAAGUCCAGCUAAUUCUUCUAGAAGCAACGAUAGUAAAGUUUCUAAUACUCCUGAAAAUAUUAAAAAUGCGAAUACUACUAGCAGUUCUCGAUUACCGUCGAGAACAGGAUUUAACGGUUCGCCAAAGACUUUGGUCCAACCAUCAGGUUCGGUGUUGAGUAAGGCAUCGAUAUUUGAAGCUAAGAACACGGAGACGAAGGCGAAAGAUCCCGCUCAAAUGUCGCUUGCCGAAAGAAUGGCAUUUUUCGAGCGAAAUAAGGGAGAAGCAUUAAUACCUAAAGCACCGCUUACAAUGUCGAUACCGCCUAAGAAGUUACAAGAAAAAGAUAAGCAAGGAUCUAAUACGGAUUCAUCUUCAAUGUACAAUCGAAACGUCGAUAUUCCGAGCAGAACAGUUGUGGAGCAACGUGCGAUGUUCGAACAAGGCAACAAAGUAGAAGAGAUGGAAAAUCGCAUCUUACAAGCUACUUUUGCUGAGAGACAACGCGAAUUAGGCAUGUUACGUUCCCGAUUUAAUACUAAUAAGGAAGUAGCUCGUGCUGCCGCUGGCUCUUGCAUUCGAACGAGCGAAAGUAGCGAAGGCAAAUCAUCGUCGCCAAAGAAUUCGCCUGUUUGUCCAGUGAAGCCGACUCCUGCUCCGGAUCAGAUUGUUCAGCCGCCGCCACCGCCACCAUUACCAGAAAUUAUAUCGUAUCAUUCUAAAUCUUCUCCAGUAAAAAGACAAGUUGUUGGAAGCCCACCCAAAGUUCAACAUUUAAAUGCAACAUCCGACAUUAAACGUAUUCGCGUGUGUCCACCAAAACCAGGAUCUCUGUAUCCUAAUCUGUCGGAAAUAGAAAUUACUGAAAGCGAGAGUGACUCGGAAUACACUGUCGAUAGUACCGAACCUGUAACAGCUACUCUCGACGAGAAAACAGAAACGGAAACCGAGACGGAAACUGAAGCCGAUUAUUAUAUCCGACAUGAUGAAACUGAUCAAGAAAGUGAUAAGGAAAGCAUACAAAAUUCAUCUUUCGGGCGUAUGAGUUUUGGACGCAGUAUUUUGCAUGAGUUCGAUGAACGUUCGUUGUUUAACAAAAAGAGAUGCAUAGAACCGGAUCCUGAUAGUAUUACGUCAGACAUUUCGGUACUAGAUGAAAUGGAUCAAUAUUUGGAUGAGUGUCUUGAAGACAUUUAUCCAAAUAUUGAUCCAAUUCAUCAAGAAUUAAAUAAUGACAUGAAGGAGGAAGGUCCCACACCUCCUAAAAUAAAUAAAGGCGGUGAAAGUUCAUCGAUGGGGUGUAAUAGUUACAAAUAUCGUUCGCCUUUAAAAGAUUCGGAUAAACUAGGAGAUGGUGACAAGCGCGUACCAUUAGUACGUACGGUUAGUGCGUAUAGACGACAACAAUCUCAAUUGGCUAAAAUUAAUUCAGCAAGACACGAAACAGGAUCAGAUUCAGUUUUUGAUAUAGAGAAACGCGAAGAUGAAUCCAUAUUGGUGCAAAUGAAAGUAAAAAAGUUAUUGGACGAAGUUGUUGUAACACAACAAAAAAAGAUAGAAGAAGCUAGCAAAGCAUUGAAUUUAUGUCAUUCUACUGUCGAAUUUAAUGGUUCUAGUGAGCACGUCGGAGGCGAAUGGGCUCUGCUUGUCGCUACUCACAAACGCCAAGCUGCAUUGAAUGAAGUACAGAGGUUGAAACGAGAAGGCACUCUGAGACCUGUUAAGGCAGGCUCGCCGGAAGUGCAGGGGAGUGGAUCAUUAACUAUUUCUGCUAUUACGUUACCGCUCAAGCAAGAAUAUUUCCGAAAUAUGGGCAUGAAUACAUAUCUUCAUUGUGUCUGCUUGAUGUAUUAUUUAGGGGAAGUUUUCGCUACUCAAGCAGCAACUGCUUAACCAGGCUAUUCAUGCAUCCGUUUUACUUCAAUGUUAAAACUUGAUAAUUUGCACAGUGAUUUCAAGAUUCUUGUUGAAGUAUAUACCUUUCAGACGCAACCAAAAUAUUUGCCACAUGAAAAAAAAUAUCAUAUCAGUCAUACUGUAAAAGCGGUCAAUAAGACACCAAAGAAAAAGAAUCAGUUUAUAAUGCCAGAAAUACAGAGUCCAGCAGGUCCAAAUGCAAUCAGAUCACCAGCUUUUGAAUUGUCGGGGACAACAUCUCUCACUCUCGAUGAUAUAAAUCGCGAUCAACUUACUUUGUUCGGCAUCUCAUCACAUUCUCCAUUAGAAGGAUACCUGCGAAUGCGUAUAUCGCGUAAACUCUCAGUGUCAGUGGAGCAUCGUGGAUUUUUGACGCUCUUUGAGGAGAUUACAAAUUUAGGUGCUUGGCGUCGAAGAUGGUGUUGGCUUAAAGACGCUAAGCUUUAUUAUUGGGUACAUCCUGAGGACGAACACAAGAAAAGUCCAAUAGGACAUCUCGACUUGGAGGAUGUUAUUACAAAGCACGUACAAUUUAUAAAUCGAGAGAAAUAUGCUCGUCCUUACACAUUUCUACUCGAGAUAUCGAGACCUGUACAACCUGGAGAUACUAAUACUCUCGUUAUGAAGACAGAUGGAAAGGAAACUAUAAUUGAACACUUUUUAUUAGCUGAUACGAGAGAAAAAGGAUUGGAAUGGAUGUCUAAAUUGAAUAAAACUCUAAGUUUAAUUAGAGCUUGGGGAAGUUCAAUUUACAAAGCUUAAAUCAAGAUUAAACUUUAAUUUCGAGCAACGUAUUCAUGUACGUAUAGAUCGAUUUUUGAUAGCAGACAUGCAUAUGCAUUCAUAUAUGAUGCAUCGCUCAUCGAAAGGUAGAAUAAAAUACUUUGUUUAUAAUACUUUACAAGAACAAGAAAAAUAUAGAGAAAGUAGCGAAUAUAUACUACUUUUGGUCGCUUAAAAAUUUUCAUGUAUGAUAUUAUUUGUGCUGCAAAUAACUAAUUGUUUUAAUAUAAAUAGUCGAAUGAAUCGAUUUGAUUUUUAAUCGUGGACACACAAUCUAUACAAGGUUUCAUUAAACUUUGAUAGUUAUUUUAUUAAAAAUCAGAAUUUCAAAGCAAGCUUUCAUGAAGUCUAUCCAUUUAAUACUGAAACAUUUAAUGUAUAUGUAUAUAUACAUGAGUAUUAUGUAUUAAAUUUUCAAUGCAUUUUCUCAUAUCUUUUGAAACUGUAAAAUUUAUUUACACUUCAGAAAAAAAUCUCUCAUUGCACUGAAAGGACUUUCAUCUUUAUUGUAAUCGUAUUUCAGUAUUAUUCAAUCGUUUAAUUGCAUAAUUAUAUCACCUGCAACAUGACGAUUAACUUCUUGAACACUUGAUCACGUAUAUUUAUCAAAUAGCUACAUAAAUUUCAACAUUCGACAUUAUUUCGAUAUAAUACACAUUAAAGAAAUUGUACAUAGGCUAAUCAUAGGAAAUUAGUUAUUAGUAU